AUGGAUUACCCAAAAGAAAAUGUGAUUGAACAUCCGCCCAGCUAUCCCGAUCUUUACAAUAUCGACAGCGACCGGGAAGCCUGGGGAGGUGUAGUCCCACCAACCCAGACCUGGGGCAAUGCAGACAAAGCCCCUGCAAAACCGCCCUUCAAACAGCGUGUGCGUCGCUUCUUCACCAAACCUCGAACAUGGUCACGCAAGAAGCAGUGGAUUGUUGGGAUUUGCCUCCUUCUGCUGCUCGUCAUCAUUAUUGCCGUCCCCGCGGGUGUGGCGGCUGGCACCAGGUCGCACACUUGCGAAUGUCCCGGUUGGACUUCAGGUGAUGGCGUUAUUUUCGGACCGACAUAUUACAAUUGCGAUUCGGAUGGAAACGACUUGACAACUGGGAAGAGUAGCGAGGAUGUCUGUGAGGUUUGA